AUGUGCGGCGGGCUCUGCCAAGGAUGGGGCUGCUGCGAGGCGCGGGGCGUGGCGCAGCCGCAGGAUGGGAGCGGCGAGGCGCGAGGCGAGGGCGAGGGCGAGGGCGAGUUGAGCUCGGAUGGCGACUCGGACGGGGGGGAGGAGGGCGUGGACUGGCUUGCGGGAGACCCUGCGUGGGGCUCGGCGGCUCUGGAGGACGAGUGGCGCGCCGCGUCUCUCGCGAGGCAGGCGGUAGGCGACGCGGCGUACGCCGCGGCGCAUGCUGCUGGCGCUUCGCGGGCUGAGGCGUGCGACGCCGCCGUGAGGGCGGUGAGGGUGGACGAGGUUGAGGCUCAGUCCUCGUUCCUCGGGGAGGAGCGGCCGGAGGAGUACGCCGGCCUCUUUGACGACCCGUAA